AUGGCGGAGGAGAACCCGGAGACAGAUGGCCCCAGAUCCAACAUGCCGGCUGAGCUCCACCAUCCCCACUCUAAGUACUCUCAGUGGAAGUUUAAGCUAUUUAGGGUGAGAUCCAUGGAGAAGGCCCCUCUCCCCAGUGAGACACAGGCUGAGAACGGAGUCUUGUUAGGGAUCUCACCUUCUGCAGCUCCAAAAAUAGAAUUAGAUAAUGGGGUGAGUCCAGGGAGCGUUAUGAAAUUGUGCCUUGGGGGAAAAAGCAAGGAGAACGUGGAGGGCCCGGGCCGGAGGGUCGAUAAGAAGUUAGAGGAAAUGGACACCCACAUGAACCACCUCAGGUGUCUCUGCCGUCUCUGUGGAAUGACCCUGAGGAAAGUCAAAGGACCAGUGCAUGAAGUUCAUGGGGAUCUGGAUGAGGUGAGCAAAGGUGUCCUGCGUAAAAUGGGCUGCAGGUUUACCGGCUGGCCGGAGGUCAUCCUCAAAGUCUUCAAAGUGGACGUGACGGAGGACACAGAAUCUGUCCACCCGCUCUCCUUCUGCCAUCGCUGCUGGAUGGCUGCCAUACGAGGAGGCGGCGUCUGCAACUUCUCCAGAGUAAGAGUCCCCGAGUGGAAACCCCACUCUUCCCCCUGCUACCUUUGCUCCCCAAAGAAAUGUUCAUUCCAGCGGACCGGGAGGAAGAGGAGGAAGACCAUUCCCAGAGCCCAGAGCCUGGCGAAAAGGACCAGGUGGGAGCACGCCGACAGCAUCGCCGUAGGAGAGAAGAGAGUUCUGAGAUCAUUCGCAGACCGUCAUCAUGGUCAGGGGCUCAGGGGCUGGAGGAAACCCAGCAUCCAGAGAGAGCAGUGGGUGAGGAACAUCACCCGCUGCCAGAAAGACCACCUGAGCGCUAAACUGAUCUCUGACAAGCUCCCUGUGGACUUCCUCUUUUCUUUUACCUGCCUGGUGUGCGACCACCUGCUCUUUGAUCCAGUUCAGUCCCCCUGCGGGCACCUCUUCUGCCGCAGCUGCAUCAUAAAAUGCAACCACGUUCUGGGACCCCACUGCCCGGCCUGCAACUUGUCCUGUGGCCCUGAUGACCUCAGCCCGCCUGCCAAAGCCUUUUUAUCAGCUCUGCAUUCCCUACCUCUGCUUUGCCCCAGGGGCGGUUGCGGCAAGCAGGUAAGGUUGGACUCAUUUAAAGCUCACUGUCGGGACCACGAGCUGAAUGAGCAUGACGCAAAUAAGCAGUCAUCAGAGCUUGAUAACUACCUGCUAGCCAAUAAAGGGGGAAGACCCCGUCAGCACUUGCUGUCACUAACCCGUCGUGCCCAGAAGCAUCGGCUGAGGGAUCUGAAGAACCAGGUCAAAGUGUUUGCAGACAAAGAGGAAGGUGGUGACCUGAAGUCCGUGUGCCUGACACUGUUCCUGCUCGCACUGAGAUCUGGGAAUGAACACCGGCAAGCAGAUGAGCUCGAGGCCAUGAUGCAAGGCAGAGGCUUUGGGUUGCAUCCCGCAGUGUGCUUGGCCAUUCGGGUGAACACUUUCCUGAGCUGCAGCCAGUAUCACAAGAUGUACCGGACCGUCAAAGCCACCAGUGGCCGCCAGAUCUUUCAGCCCCUGCACACCCUCCGAGCGGCAGAGAAGGAGCUUCUCCCUGGCUUUCACCAGUUUGAGUGGCAGCCAGCUCUCAAGAAUGUGUCCACAUCUUGCAAUGUUGGCAUUAUUAAUGGGCUCUCUGGAUGGGCUUCCUCGGUGGAUGACACCCCGGCUGACACCAUCACUCGGCGGUUUCGCUAUGAUGUGGCGCUGGUGUCAGCAUUAAAGGAUCUGGAGGAGGACAUCAUGGAGGGGCUGAGAGAGAGCGGGAUGGAAGACAGUGCUUGCACCUCAGGCUUUACUGUCAUGAUCAAGGAAUGCUGUGAUGGCAUGGGCGAUGUCAGCGAGAAGCACGGCGGAGGACCAGCCAUUCCCGAGAAGGCUGUACGUUUCUCUUUCACUGUUAUGUCUGUCUCUGUCCGGGCAGAGGAGGAGGAGGAGGACGUUACCAUCUUCACCGAGCCAAGGCCGAACUCGGAGCUGUCCUGUAAGCCCCUUUGCUUGAUGUUUGUGGAUGAGUCAGACCACGAGACACUCACAGCCCUCCUGGGGCCUGUAGUUGCAGAGCGUCAUGCAAUGAAAGAGAGCAGGCUCAUCCUCUCCAUCGGCGGCCUUCCUCGCUCCUUCCGCUUCCACUUCAGGGGCACGGGAUACGAUGAGAAGAUGGUGCGAGAGAUGGAAGGCCUGGAGUCCUCGGGGUCCACGUAUGUCUGCACUCUGUGUGACUCCAGCCGGGCGAACGCCUCUCAAAACAUGGUGCUACACUCCAUCACCCGCGGCCAUGAAGAGAACCUAGAACGUUAUGAAAUAUGGAGAACCAACCCCUUCUCUGAGUCUGUGGACGAACUGCGAGACAGAGUCAAAGGUGUCUCUGCAAAGCCCUUCAUGGAGACCCACCCCACGCUAGAUGCGUUGCACUGCGACAUUGGCAAUGCCACUGAGUUCUACAAAAUCUUCCAGGACGAGAUCGGGGAGGUGUAUCAAAAGGUCAACCCCAGCCGGGAGGAAAGACGCAGCUGGAGGGCCGCCCUAGAUAAACAGCUGAGGAAGAAGAUGAAGCUUAAACCGGUAAUGAGGAUGAAUGGGAACUACGCCCGCAGGCUAAUGACCCUGGAGACUGUGGAGGUGGUGUGUGAACUGGUGCCCUCAGAGGAGAGGAGAGAGGCCCUGAGGGAGCUCAUGAGGCUCUACCUCCAGAUGAGGCCUGUGUGGCGCGCCACCUGCCCAGCCAAGGAAUGCCCAGACCAGCUGUGCCGCUACAGCUUUAACUCGCAGCACUUUGCCGACCUCCUCUCCUCUACCUUCAAAUACAGGUACAACGGAAAGAUCACCAAUUACCUGCACAAGACUCUGGCCCAUGUGCCUGAAAUCAUAGAGAGAGAUGGAUCCAUAGGAGCCUGGGCCAGUGAGGGGAACGAGUCGGCAAACAAACUGUUCAGGCGUUUCCGGAAGAUGAAUGCACGUCAGUCGAAGGCCUUUGAACUUGAGGACGUGUUGAAACACCACUGGCUCUACACCUCCAAGUACUUGCAGAAGUUUAUGGAGGCUCACAAGGACUCUGCCAAAGCUCUGCAAGCUACCAUUGACCCAAUAGAGAUGCAGGAUGAUGAGGAUAUUUCUCUGGAAGUGAAUGAUUUUUGA